GACACAAUCCACACACACACACACACACACACACAAGCCUACAUACAAACAGCACACACCUUCGUUACUGUAGUGUGCUGGCCUGAUCUUCUACAGACAGGGAAGUCUCCACACGCACACAGCUGUCUGCGGUGCACUUGUUACCACAACAGAGAUGAUUGAAACUUGACCUGGAUUUCUGACUGUGUGAGGAAUAACCUUCCCUGCAGGAAGCUUUGAAUCCAGAGCUGCCCGAUCCUGUGCCUACACAGAGAGGAGAUUUAGAGUUUGCGCUGCACUGGCGUGAGUUCAACUCUUCCACCAGCGCUGCUCGGAAGUAACAGCGGAAUACAAAAACCAGCCUCUGUUUACACGGACUCAUCGACUUACCUCUGUCCUGGCUUCUCAUUAUUUGCCUCCUCGCUCCUGUCCUCAAGGGAACUUUAAUCCCUUCUACAGCACCCAUCAGCUCAUCUCGCCACCCAUUUAUCCGUCUCAUAAUGAACUCCUCUACCUCCAUUACGUCCCUAUUCUCCUUCACCAGCCCGGCGGUGAAGCGCCUGCUCGGCUGGAAACAAGGGGAUGAGGAGGAGAAGUGGGCGGAAAAGGCUGUGGACUCUCUUGUGAAGAAACUAAAGAAGACGAAAGGGGCGAUGGAGGAGCUGGAGAGAGCCCUCAGCUGCCCCGGGCAGCCCAGCAAGUGCGUGACGAUUCCUCGGUCGCUGGACGGGAGGUUGCAGGUGUCCCACAGGAAGGGUCUGCCCCAUGUCAUCUACUGCAGGGUGUGGCGCUGGCCUGACCUGCAGUCCCACCACGAGCUGAAAGCCCUGGAGUGCUGCGAGUUUCCCUUCGGCUCCAAGCAGAAGGACAUCUGUGUCAACCCCUACCACUACCGGCGCGUGGAGACUCCAGUGCUGCCGCCAGUUCUGGUCCCACGCCACAGCGAGUUCAACCCUCAACACAGUUUACUGGCAAAGUUCAGGAAUGCCUCCCUGCACAGUGAGCCUCUGAUGCCCCAGAAUGCCACCUUCCCAGACUCCUUCCCUCCGCUGCCCUGCUCCUCCUUCUCCUCCUCCUCCCCUUCUUCCUCCCUCGCCCAGUCUCCCACCUCACAGAGUUACCCCAACUCCCCCAACAGCUCUGCAGAGCCCGGUAGUCCAUAUCACAUCACAGCUGAGACACCCCCACCUCCGUACAGCAUGAUGGAGACAAGCCCUCAAGACGAUGUGAAGUCCAGCAACUCCACAGAAAGCAUCAAACUCACAUUUUCCGCUCCGCACAUAGAUUUACGGCCCGUAUGUUACGAGGAACCAGAGUACUGGUGUUCCGUAGCUUACUACGAGCUCAACAACCGGGUGGGGGAGACUUUCCACGCGUCGUCCCGCAGCGUCUUGGUCGACGGCUUCACAGACCCAUCCAACAACAAGAACCGCUUCUGCCUCGGCCUGCUAUCCAACGUCAACCGCAACUCCACCAUCGAACACACACGCAGGCACAUAGGCAAAGGUUUACACCUGUACUAUGUAGGCGGCGAGGUGUACGCAGAGUGUCUGAGUGACAGCAGUAUCUUCGUCCAGAGCCGCAACUGUAACUUCCAGCAUGGCUUCCACGCCACCACCGUGUGUAAGAUCCCCAGCGGCUGCAGCCUCAAGAUCUUUAACAACCAGCUGUUUGCCCAGCUCCUCGCACAGUCUGUUAACCACGGCUUUGAGGUCGUCUAUGAGCUCACGAAGAUGUGUACCAUCCGCAUGAGCUUUGUUAAGGGCUGGGGUGCUGAAUACCACCGUCAAGAUGUGACUAGCACCCCCUGCUGGAUCGAGGUACAUCUGCAUGGGCCCCUGCAGUGGCUGGACAAGGUCCUCACACAGAUGGGCUCCCCGCACAACCCUAUUUCUUCAGUGUCAUAACAUGAACACACACACACACUUUUUUGUGUGUGCUGUUGGUCCUUCACAUAGGUAGUCAUAGAUCUGAAUGUUCUGCUAUGUCCAGGUAUUCUGUCCUAUGGUCCCUCUCUUGACAUCUCAAAUAAAAUUACAAAAAUAUGUUACCCUCAGCUUUGUCACAUCCUCAUCCUGAAUUUCAUUUAGCUAAUUUACAGCUCAUGUAGUUAAAUGUUCCUUAAUUUCAGUAUAUGAUAAAGCCUUUAUCCUCUCUGUUUUCAUCGGGACAUUAACUGCAUUCCAAGAUAAGAAAAAUUCAGAUAUAUUUGUAGGUACUCAAGGACUUGUGUUUAUUAUGUGUUAUAAAUGUUAUUAUGGUAGUAUGUACUGUAUUUACAUGUGUUGACUAAUGUUUGACUGUAUGUACUGGUUGCUUUUAACUUGUUACAUUAAAGUUGUUUUUUCUUUAAGAAUCUAAA